UUUACUCUACAUAUUUGUGCUUUGUCGUCAAAAAUCCAACUGGUGUCUUCCUGUAUGAAUAACUUCGCCGUGUAAUGCCUUGUCACACGUAAUUCAGUAAUUGGCAACUGGGACACAGAGUUCCCCUUUCUAUCAUUCUUCACAGAAAACAUAAGAAAGAGGGAGAUAUGGCUGAAACUGGAAUCAAUUUUGUGAUGGAGACGCUGAAUGCGUUAAAAAGCAGCAGCAAUUAUCUGCCCAUAGAAGAUGAAGUUAAGGAUCUAAUUGCGACUCUUUACGAUAAGCUGGGACUGCUGAGAACCUUCUUUAAGGAACAGGAGAGGUUUUAUCAGAAUGAAAAGGUGAAAUCACUGGAAAUACGAAUUCGAGAAGUGGAAAAUGUGGUAAAAUGGAGGAUCGCCCCAUGCACUUCCGCACGGACAAGGGAAUGGGAAGGUACAGUGACGUGUAAUGGUGUCAUCGCUGCUGAUGAGGUUGUUUCCAAGCGCAAAGAACUCUCAUUAAACCUUGACCUUCUCAAACAAGAGAUCGAGGCCAUUGAAACAGAGUUGAAAAAUGUUAUUCUUGACCUGGGGGGCAUACAAAUUGUAAAUUUCUCUGCAUGGCCAAAAGAAAUAGUAGUGGGCUUUAAAGAUGAAGAAAUUUUCAUUAAAGAAAAACUUACUAGAGUUCCAAAGGAGCUACAGUUAAUUUUGAUUUAUGGGAUGGCUGGACAGGGUAAGACCACUCUAGCUAAAAAAGUAUAUAAUGAUCCGCUGGUUGUCUAUCAUUUCGAUCUCCAUGCAUGGAUAAAUGUUUCUCAAGAGUACCAAAAGAGGGAUUUGUUGCUUGGCCUUUUACGUUGUGUUAGUGACCGUUCAAAUGGAAUCAAUCAAAUGAGCGAAGAGGAAUUAGGUGAGCAGCUGUACAAACGCUUAAAAGGUAUGAAAUAUUUCAUUGUGAUGGAUGAUGUAUGGGACAGUGGGGCCUGGGCUGAUUUGAAAGACUAUUUUCCAAAUGACAGAAAUGGAAGUAGAAUUUUGUUCACCAGUCGGCUUGAAGCUGUGGCUUUUGCCCAACCUGUUACCCUUUCUCGUCCCCUACCACUUUUAACUCAUGAUGAAAGUUGGGAAUUGUUCCGACUAAAGGUAUUUCAUGGAGGAACCUGCCCUUUUGAACUAAUGGAAAUAGGGAUGCAAAUAGCCAAGAAGUGUGGGGGACUUCCACUGGCAAUCAUCAUGGUUGCUGGAAUUCUUGCAAAUGAAGAGAAGAGGAAAGAUCGGUGGGAAGAAGUAGAGAAAAUCAUGAGCCAAUCGAUGGUUGCUGAUCCAAAUUUAUGUAUGAAAAUCUUUAAACUGAGUUACAAACACUUGCCCCGUCACUUGAGACCCUGUUUUCUAUAUUUUGCAGCAUUUCCAGAGGACUUCCAAAUUCCUGUAAGGAAGUUGAUUUGGUUAUGGAUUGCUGAGGGAUUUAUUCAGAAGACGAGAGAGAAGAACUUGGAGGAUGUGGCGGAAGAGUACUUAAUGAAUUUAAUUUAUAGAAGCCUUAUAAUGGUUUCCACAAGGGGAUAUGAAGGUCGCCCCAAAACCUGCAGUAUCCACGAUUUGUUGCGUGGAUUUUGCCUCAAAAAAGCUGAGAAAGAGAAUUUUCUCCGACAAAUUUCAGGUGUACAACAAUUUUCCUCAUCUUCUUCAUGUCCGCGUCGUCUGUGCAUUGAUUCAUUAAAGCUCCAGACCGUUAGACUCCCCUCUGUCCUGGAUCCCCACUCAUUCCUGUGCAUUGGCUGUGGAUAUGCUGCUGGAUUUCCACCCCUUGCGUUUCCUUUUCAGAGACUCAAACUUCUUAGGGUGUUGGAUGUAAGCUUCAUUCAGCUGGACUCAUAUCCCAUGGAGAUAGAACAACUAGGUUUCUUGAGGUACUUAGCACUAUCCCUCCUCAUGGCUUGGCUUCCAGCAUCAAUUUGCAACCUCUGUAAUUUAGAGACACUGAUCAUUUUCGGAUAUACGUGGACAUCUCUUAGUUUGCCCAUAGAAAAAAUGGAAAAGCUGAGGCACGUUCUUCUUAAUGGACCAAUGACAGAUCAAGGUAUGGAAUUCGUUACGGACUCGGUGAUAGAUCAAGGUGUGGAAACUCUUCAGGAGGGAACUGUCCAUACUCCCUUACGGACAUUCCGAGAAUCAUCGCUUCCCUUAAUGGAUAGCCUACAGACUCUCUUAUGGGUAAAUCCAAUACAUUGCGAGUCAAUCUUGAAUAGGGCUCCAAAUCUCAGAAAGCUGGGAAUUCAGGGAAAAAUAGUAUUUGGAAAUUUACUCGUGUUUCCUCGGUUAACCUUUCUACAGCACCUCCAGAAGCUCAAGUUGUUCAAUACUUCAAAAGUUGGUACGUCAGUAUAUCUCAGAAGUUACAACUUCCCCAGAAACAUUAAAAAGCUAAGUUUGCAUGGAACUAAUCUGGGUUGGGACGAAAUAUCAAAGUUUGGCAUGUUACUACCCAACCUUGAGGUUCUCAAAUUGUUAGCUGGUGCCUGUAGUGGAUCGCUUUGGGUGACAGGUGAAGUAGAGUUCCCUAAACUCAAGUUCUUGAAAUUUGAAAAUCUUGACAUCGAGAGCUGGGAUGGCUGUAGUAAUCACUUUCCCCGACUUCAGCGGGUAGCGUUGGUUCGAUGUGCAUUCCUCAAGCAGAUCCCAUCUGAAAUAGGGUACAUACCGACACUGCUGAUGAUUGAGAUACGCCAUUGCAACCGUAAUGUUGCCAAUUCUGCCAGGAAAAUUAAGCAAGAGCAAGAAAAUAUGGGAAACCAUUCCCUGCAGAUUACAGUGGAACCCCAAUUUUCAAGGUUCUCUGUGGAUGAUGAGCUGUGCUAAACUUCAACAGAGUACCCAAACUCUUUUGUAAGCUUCCCAAAAUCUAGAGGUAAACUUUGGAUCCCUUAACUCUUAAUUGUAUUAACUUGUACUUGCCUUUUCCAAAUAGAUGUUUUCUUUACAGGGAAGUGGCAGAGUGACAUAAUCAUUUCUUUUUUGAUUGCUCAUAUUCUCAUCAAGUGUUAUCCUAUUUUCGCCGUUCUAAGAAAUUUGGAUGACCUUGGUGUAGAUGGGAGUUAGGUGUUUUAUGGGCGGCGACAGGGUGAAAUGGCAAAGGUCCUUAGCAGGCUGCUAACUAUCUUGUUUUGCAGGCUAUGGUGUAUUUUAUUUGGAGUGAGCAUUAAAUUGCUACUUUCGGGAGUAAGAGCGUUAUGUGUCCCAGUUAGUACAUCUUAUUUAGUGUGUUGUUUGGACACGGUUGUCCACUAUUUCAUUUCCUUAGAAUUUGCGGAGCAGGGCAUUGUGACAGUUUUGGUGAUUUUCAAACUGCUAAAUUUAUUUUUACUUCUCUAUUUUGAACUAUUUAGUAAUUGGGAAUUAGUAUCACAUAAAAUAGUGGUUUAACUCAUGAGUAUGUUCUAUGUACUCUAAGUUAUUAUUUGGGGAGUAGUUGUGUGUCUACAUCACAAAUGUUGACACUCCCACC